UCCACCAUGCCCAAAGCAUUCCUGCUGCUGUGUGUUGCCCUGGUGCUACUUGGGCUUGUGCAUGGAGCCACGCUGAGAAAUGAAGAGAAAUGGAAGUCACUCAACAACCCCAGAAACCGUGAGCUGUUUUUCAGAACCCUUCAGGCAUAUUUUAAGGGAAGAGGUCUUGAUCUUGGGAGGUUUCCAAAUACUUUCUCCAUGAAUGAGAAUCCCAGACCCUUCUCUUUCCAGGCAGAACUUAUUGCAUCCGCAUUUGCAGAUUACGAAGAACAGAAAAACUCCCUUCCCAAUUACCUCAAAGGCUGAAGUUUCUUCUGAGCGCAGGUGUCUGGCUAUUUUAAAACUAGAGAUGAAGCAUCUCAUUAGAAAAAGUCAACAAUGGUCAUGGCUAAACUUUUGUGUGUGUUUUCCCCCUCCAUUUUUAUUUGUCAGUUUGUAAUGAUUUUAUUCAGCAUUUCCAGAUUUACAUAUAAAUAGCUUGAGCUUUGGAACAUAUGUGACUUAUGUGUGUAUUUUUCUUGUUUUUUCCUCACUUUUUAACAUAAAUAUCGAUGUAGAGCACUGCAUAUAUUUGCAAGAGUUACAAAAACACCAUAAAGUCCAAAGAAAUGAUGAGCUUCUGAAUUGUUUCCUUUUAAGCUUGUCUUGUAUUUUUAUUACCUUUUAUCAAUUAAUAUUUUCAUUUGAAAGGAAUGUUGCUCAUUUUUACUUUAGUUUAUUAUAUGUAAC